AUGGGGAAUACGGGCAGUUCGCAAAAAGUCUCGUCGCAAGAUCGAGCAAUCCUCGAUCUGAAAAUCCAGCGCGAUAAGAUAUAUCAGUAUCAGAAACGGAUCACGGCCCUCACAGAUCGAGAAACAGAAAUCGCUCGGGAAUGCCUUGCACGCAAUGACAAGCGUCGGGCGCUACUUGCGCUUCGGCGCAAGAAGUACCAGGAGACCCUCCUUUCCAAAACCGACAGCCAACUUGCGCAGUUGGAACAGUUGACGGGACAGGUUGAAUUUGCACUGGUGCAAAAGGACGUGCUGUUUGGCCUGCAGCAAGGGACCAAGGUGCUGCAGGCGAUCAAUAAGGAGAUCGGCGGGAUUGAGGCUGUAGAUCGGUUGAUGGAGGAGACAGCAGAGGCUCGCGCCUAUCAAGAGUUCCAGGAGGUGAGCCAAAUGCUCGAAGGCAGUUUAUCCACCCAGGAUGAGGAAGACGUUGAGGACGAACUGGAAGCACUUGAACGGGAGGUCGCAGGACCGGUGCAAUUACCUGCUGUGCCCAGCGACCCUCUACCGGAGCGACCUCAACCACCAGUGGAGGUGCAAGAAGAGUCACAGGAGCCGACUCGAACCCCCGUCCUCGCGUCGUAA